AUGAUACUGACCUUGGGAGAAAUCCAAUUAGUUGCCACUCAACCAGGUCAACCAUUUAUCCGACCCAUCCACUCCAAAUCUUCUCGGAUCAUCACAAAACCACCACCAUUCGAUAGAGCUUGUCCAGGAGCAUCUCCCACGGGAUCAUUGUCCAGCGCCCAAAACGUACGAUCAGUCACUAUGACACGUCGAACCCAACGAUCCAAUCAAUCCCAACAACUUGGUUCUUUCCCUAUUAUUGUUGCUACUACUCAAGCAUUCCAAUUGGAUCCUCUGUCAUCGUCACCACCACCUGAACCGGUUCGUCUCUGUCCUCCAAUUCAGACCAGAGAGAUUGAUCCUGCUUCAAUCACUACGACUACCACAACCACCACCACCACCACAACAACAACAACCACAACCUCCUCCUCCUCCUCCUCCCCCCCACCUUCAAUUACCAGGAAGAGGCAACGAUCUUCCCUAGCCAACAGCGACAGCGAGGAUGAUACCAAUCAAUGCUCACGGCUUGACUCGGUCUUCUCCAACAGUCAUUGGAUAGAACCUCAGUCUGAUCCUGAUAAUAUCGAUAGCAACAACAACAACAACCACUAUGACGACAGUGAUGAAGAUGAACCUCUUAUCAAAGUCACUCAACAAGAGAUCACCGAGCUUGAUGAGCUGAUCCAAUCAGCUCAGUACCCCAACGCUACCCUACCAAGCGAAGUGUUCUCAUCUCUACCUACCAACAUACAGCUAGGUACCGUCUUCGAAACCUUGGACGAUGCCUUCAUUGCUCUGACCUUGGUCGCUUUCAAGAGACAUGCCUCUCCCCCAAAGCCCUUUCGAGCAGAUACAAAUCGUCGAUACUUCUGCUGCUCGUCCAUACCAACUGGUCAAUGUCGCUUUGAAUGUCGAGUCAUCAAGUCAGCCAAGAACGCCAAUCAGUACACGGUCAUUCGGUUGCUCAUGCCACCAAAGUUGACAAGACCACCUCUGCCAAGACCAUACAAGAUACUAUUCGAGUCAAUAAACACACAACCAUCCCUCUACGGUCUAUCCAUCGAGCACGUCAGCGUUUAUUGGUUGACGAUGGUCUAG